GCCGCGGCGGGCCGCACUCUCACGUCCCUCAUCACGACUUGGCAACAGCGCCCGCCCAGCCUGUCGCACGGGACACCGCCUCGCAAGGUGAAGAAUGCAAGCCGCGCCUAUGAUGAAGAGCUGCUGCACGCUCUUACUGCUCAUGUUGCUGGUGACGCACAUGAGCGCCUCUCCGCCCAGCUACGACUAUGAGAACAUGAGGGACCUGUACGAGCUGCUGCUGCAGAAGGAGGCGCUGGAGGGACGCCUGGGCCAGCACCAGGUGGUGAGGAAGGCCAACCGCUCUCCCUCGCUGCGGCUGAGGUUCGGCCGGCGCUCCGAUCCCGAGCUGGCGGCAACAUUUCCAGAGCACGCGUCUUUUGAAGCAGUGCCGGAUAACUAAGAUGUUCAAACAAAAUUGUUAAAUAAAUUUGCUAUGUGAAGCUGAGUGGAUGUUAAAAACUUUUUGUUUUAUAAUGUAGACAUUUACUGCUCAUCAGCUCAGAGUUAUGUACUAGUGUAAUUGGUGUUUAGAACCUGGGAUUAAAAUAAAUGUGACAAAUUCA